AUGGACGCUUACGGAGCGAUUGACAGUGAAGCCUAUGCGGUGUUGACAGGCUUAACACCGUUUCGCAGCACCCACUACAGGCCCGUGUGCGAGUGGGUCAUAUGCUUCGAGAACCGCAUUCCGUACAACGCGGUGCCCGGCGGUGAAGACAGCGGAGAGACCAUCUACAUCGGCCGCGCUGUGCACAACGGCGAGGUGAUACCUGGCAAGGUGGUGCCGUCUCACAGCUGCUGCUACGUCGCGUAUGAGGGCGCCGAGCACAGCCACAGGGACUACCAGACUCUCAUCUCGGAUGGCACUCCGUUGUCCUGGGUGCCGGCUUCCGACGGCGCACUUCCCACCGGCGCCGUCCAGGGCGGCGUGUGUGCUUCGGGCGAGCCACUCUACAUCGGCCGUGCCUACCACGAGGGAACACUCACCAUCGGCAAAGUGCAACCUUCGCGCCGCUGCCUCUCCAUCCCGUACGGUGGCGAGGAGCAUUGCUACUCAGACUACGAGGUACUGGUGGUACAGACGGUCAACUUCUGAGAUAAAGGAAAGGUGGACUCGUCACAAGAACGCCUGACGUAAACGCUCAAGCUAGCUCACUCUUGAAACAACCCUAUUCGGAUCUGGUUUCAACGUCCUUGCGCAAUAAACCACUGUCACAUAUAUUUUAGUAAA